CGUUCACCAUCUCUUGUUUAUUCAGGACAUGUACCUGAAUGCUGGUGGAGUGACUGUCUCCUACUUUGAGUGGCUGAAGAACCUGAACCAUGUCAGCUACGGUAGUCUGACCUUCAAGUACGAGAGGGACUCCAACUACCACCUGCUCAUGUCCGUCCAGGAGAGUCUGGAGAGGAAGUUUGGGAAGCACGGAGGAGCCAUCCCUGUGGUCCCUACCUCUGAGUUCCAGGCCAGGAUCGCUGGAGCUUCAGAGAAGGACAUUGUGCACUCAGGACUGGCCUACACCAUGGAGAGGUCUGCCAGGCAAAUCAUGCGCACCGCUAACAAGUACAACCUGGGCCUUGACCUGAGGACGGCAGCGUACGUCAACGCCAUCGAGAAGGUCUUCAAGGUGUACAACGAGGCUGGUGUUACCUUCACAUAGGCGGCUCCUCACCACCCCGCCCGCCUCCUGUCUGUCCGUCCACCCGAGCAGACCCAGGCCCCAACCCCACCCCCCCAACAAUCACACAACAUAUCAAGUGUUUACAUUUUACACAUGACCAUUAGCUUUACUCGUUGUAUAUGUAAAACCAGCCAAGCAAUAUGCACAUUCUUUUGCGUUCUCAUGUCUUCAAGAGAACCCAUGUUCUAGCUUGCCUUAAAUCCAGUAGGGCUGUUCUAUGAUGCUACUAUGGUCAUUUUUUUCCUUUACUGUAGAAACCUCAUUUAUUUUCUCAGUCAUUCUAUGGACUCCAACCCAUUUAUUCCUGUUACUAUGUUCUUAUGUCAGUAAACACCAAAAAUUCUGGUUUACAGCAUUCACGGGAUACUGCUUUUAUGAAUCAGUGUUGUGCUUUUUCAGCAUCUGUUAUGGAUCUACAGACAGAUUUGAGUAAGUUAGUCAAUAUAAUAGAAUUUAGAGCGUAUCAGAAACACACUUAAAGCCUUAAUUGCACCGGUUUCUCCUGUGGUGAAAUGGAGCAAAUGUUUACCUAAAUGGAGAAAGUUUUCUUACCUACACCAGAAUGUUCUUUCUAUUUAAAGUCUCCCAAUAAGACUUCAGUGCGUUUAUAAAGCAGUGCACAACGUGUGCUUCUACACUAUUCAAGAUUAUAUCAUAAAAUACAUUUGUUACAAAUACAGACUUAUUACAUGUUUGUAAGUAGGUUGGCACAACACUAAAACGCUGAAUUCCAGAAGAUUGUUCUGUUCACCGUUUCGGUGUCUUUGCCUUUGUUCUAAACCUGAACGCUUUGUCUUGCCUCAGAAUUGGACCCAUAUCAGAAUGGUUUCUGUGCUGAAGGCUACUGGAAGGGGAGAUGGGAGGGAAUAUGUGAGAACGGCCUUGAUUGACUGCUUUGGGAUUCUAUGUAAGAGAAUUUGUACUGCCUUUUUGUUGAUACAGAAUUAAACUUUAAAAUGCUCAA